UCUGUUCGCGGCCGGCGAGCAGGUGCUUAAAACGGAAGUUGUCUGCUCAGGGAUCGUGCGUCACUGGGCAGCUGCGGCUUCGGCCGCUCCUCCCGAGCUGCGAAGCAGUCGUAGAGUUUUUUGAAGUUCCAUAUUCCUGGAUGUUCGCAUGUUACGCUCAAGGCUUCACAGCCACGAGGAGGCAGUUCUAAUGAAGCCCUCUGUGCCUGCAGAGUAGACCAUCCCUUGGGGCUUCCAACUUGACGGAACAAGGAGCAUCUCUCCUAUCCGGAGUGCCUCCCAGAUAUCCUUAGGAGAUAGUCCUACUGCCUCCUGGAAUGAAUGGGCUUUGUUUUGACGUGGGCCCCAUACUAAGGUUGUUUCUAUGUCUUGGCUGUUAUGAAUGAUGCUGCAAUGAACAUGGGGGUGCAGACAUCUCUUCAAGAUACUGAUUUCAUUUCCUUUGGAUAUGUGCCCAGAAGCAGAAUUGCUGGAUCAUAUGGUGAGAAACCUGGAAGUGAGCCUGAAGAGGCGAAGCUGCAGAUCGCCAGCAAACAGAUCGUGCAGAAUGCCAUCCUGCGGGCUGUGCAGCAGGUCUCCCGGGAGAGUCGGCAGAGGGAAGCCGGGGCUGGCGACACCCCUCGGGGCAGCUUCCGGCCGGGCGCGGGGGAAUUAACCAAGAAGCAUGAAAAGAAGUAACACGGUGGAUGGGGCUCUUGUCACACGCUUGGUUUCCAGCCUUUUUUUUAGCAUAGGAUGCGUUGCCAAAAAUGUUGCCAGUAAAGCGGACCGAAGUGUCAGCGACACCUAGCAGUAGGAUGAAUUCACACUAGGCCUUGGCCGAGAAGCACUGUUCUGCAAAAGUGCAUUAGAUGCUUCUGUUUAUAUUGAUGCAGUGCCUCUGAAACGUAGUCGGGCCAAACAUGACACUGUCAUUGCAAACGUAGUUUUGCAGCACAAUUCAUUUCUAAAGUUCUUUUUUUUUUUUAAAAUGAUUCCCUAUGUUUAUUUACUUUGGCCUUGUAUGCAUUCUGUCUGUGACCUUAACCAGCAGUUCUUUCUGCUGAAACACCGAGAGCUGUACUGUGAUCUUUAUAAUAUUUAAACAAGAUGUGCUGGAAAGGUAAAGGAAUGGUGUUACAGUCCUCCUCAGAUAUGGAAUUGAAGGCUUUACUAAAGUGGGUUCAGGUCCAAGAUCAUAUUAAGCAAAGGCAAAUUCUAAGUCCCUCAGGAUCUUACCAAAGCAUGUAUUUAUACAUACUGUUUUUUUAAAAAGGAGGACCCCAGCUUUUCCAGAACUCAGUCUCAGUUCUGUCAGUUGUUUGAUAGUUAAUGUUUCCUCUCUGUGCAGAAAUCCUUGGGAAAUAUUAUGGAUUUCUUUUUCCAUUUCAAGAUGAAAAUAAGACAGGUGAAUCUAAAUGCACGAGUCGCCGAUGUCGGCAGCCCCUUGAAGAGAAACUGGAGUUGUAGAUUCCAUCUUGGAGAUAUCCUAGGGUCAGCUUAUGGGGUGCAGGGUCCUUGGAAGAAGCUCUGGGGACUUAUAAAUGCUGUGUUGCCAUCAGACUAUGCACUUGCACUAGUACCUUGCUAAUAGGAACUUUUCUUUUCCCAUCCACAAAUUAGAUUUUUUUUUUGAGAUUAUGAAAAUCAUACAUAUCAGGAAUGAAUGACACAUAAAAUGGGAAAAUCAUUUCCUCAACUGAAACGUGAAAAUACAGUGGGAUCAACAAAGCGACCAUGCUGUGAAAGCAGUCAUGGGACCAUAUGUGUGUGAAUGAAUAAAGCCAUCUCUGUUGCAACAGAAUGACUUCCGCUCCACUCUCAUGUGGGUACCGCACAGCUUUCUGUGUCCUUAGAGUCCCAUUUCCUGGGUUUCCCAACAGUUACUGAAUUGAUGCUACUGGGAACAGAUGAAGAAUUUGACCUUUGUUAGAAAUUUUUGGGCUUCAGAGUAUCAGUGUUUACGUUUGAUAGUUUUUUAAAAAGCAAAGUAUCAACAUAUGAAGUGUGACUGAUAUUAAGACAUACUUCUAGAAUUCCAAUAUGUUACACUUUCCAGAAUGGAUACUAUUGAGAAAUAAAUGAAAACAAUCUCUUAUCAGUUCUGUUAGACUGUCUCACACCAUGUACAGAUGGAAUAAAUUCACAGGGGGAAUGUCUGUGGGAGGGAGCAGAGGGGUUAACAUUUAAAUAUGGUUUGUUCAUAAUUUUCUUUAAGUAGUACUCAUGACAAUUGAAGAAUGAGUUUAAGUUGACCUGAAGUCAUAUAAUGGAUGUGAUAUAAUUGUACAGCCUAGAUAAUAGGAAUGAAGAUAUUAAGGGAAAUUAUUCAGGAGUACCCACAAAUAACAAAAUAAACCCAAUGCUUGUAAUUUGCAAGUGAUCUGGCACUCUGUUUACUGAGAUGUCUGGAUAUAACCAGCCUUGGCUUUUGCUGCCGUAUGUCAGAAACACAUAAACACUUUCUCUUUCCUCUCUGGUGUGUCUGUGCUAGUACAUUGGGGAUCUUGGAGAAUAUCUGAUUAACCUCUGUAUCUAAAUGUUAUUUAUAAAUAAAAUAUAUCCAGCUUUGAAAUAUGUUGUCAUUUAUAGCCAAGUUUUCUUCGCCCUACUCUUUGGUCCUUUCACAUGGGGCUACGAGGCAUCCCAAGGCUGUUCCAAACCUCUAGAUCUCGUGACCCUGAAAGCACUUCUUAACAGGCCUUCACUGUCACUGUCUGAGGACAGCUGUGGGAUGGGGGUUCCUGAGGCUUGAGCAGAAAAGGGUGCGUGCUAAGAAGUGGCCUUUUGAUCUCAGGAAGUAAAGGUAAGUAGAUGGGGCAAAGCUGAGUGUCUUUCAUGAUCUUUGUGAGAUGGAAAGUCUCCAGCAAGAAACAGAUAUUGAUAAGUUCUUGGAAGGAGGAAAGAAAGUCAAUCCCUGUACUCGACAGGUAGGUGCCGCAUCGGCAGAAUCCUAAGAAAACUCAGCCAUAAAAAUAAAUGCAUCUGUUAAGCUCCUCCUUGUAUCUGUCUUGGUAUAAAGUUAUGGGGUUUUGAAGGGGCCGACAGAACUUCAUUCGGCGUAAGAUCAAGGUGGGCUUCCCCUUGGUUAUUACAUGAACCAGCGCAGAGCUUUUGGUUUUAGGAAUGAGUGGGAACAUGUAUUUCAUGCCCUUUACCUUCCUGGCUUAAUAGAUAGUAAAUGCACGUGGGCUUCCCAGCUCUGCGUGUUCAGCUGUUUGUGUUGGGCUUUGCCUGUCCCUGGGGUGGAACUGGAGACAAAUUCUUUUCUGCUGCUUUAUUUUUCUGUAGUCACCUACCCAGCGUGAAGAGUGUUGUAAGAAGAACUCACGCUUCAUCCUUGUUUCUCUUUUAGCUGCUUAGUCUUCCUUUAUGUUGUGGUUUCAGGUUACAAAUAAAUGAAUCAACAUUUAAAGAUAACCACUGAACUUAUGCCAUUCAGGCUAUAUUCAAGGUUUAAGGUCUCUAUAAAAAAACUACAGAAAGGAGGGAAUUUUACAUUUAUCCACAGUAGCAACUCUUCUAAGUAAAAUACAGUAGCGAAUAAAAUCUCUGAAAAAUCUGGUAACUAGUUCAGCAACUCUAGUACCCAAACUGGUAAAGAAACUAAAUAAUCCAGUUUGAGUAAUUUGUCAGUUUAUGUAAAGAGAAAGUAGAAAAUACAAUAAUAAUAUCAGCUCUCUUGAGUGUGAGAAAGUUUUCUGAAAUAUAUGACUACACACUAACUCACAUAUCUCAUUGUCACAACUUCAUAAUUAAGGUGUAGCUGGGAAGAUUUUAUUCUCCUUUUGCAGAGAAAGUCACACUGAAUCUCAGAGAGGGUAAGUAUGAAAAGUGAGUACUAUUGGGUGUAAGAAUACACACAUCAGCAUCACUGAUCUUUGUGGGCAUAUGCAUUAGCUAGGGAGCUUAAGAAUAUAAAUUCUAGGGAUAUCUAUGUUAAGAUGGAACAGACUGCCUUAUAGAAUCAGAAAUGUAACACAUAGUAAAGGGCCAGCAAAAAUCAUCAUCAGGAGAAAAAGCUCAAUGCCAUCACCAUUGAAAAGUGGCAGCAAAGGAAAGAAACGGGGGCUUCCCUGGUGGUGCAGUGGUUGGGGGGUCUGCCUGCCGAUGCAGGGGACGCGGGUUCGUGCCCCGGUCCGGGAAGAUCCCACAUGCCGCGGAGCGGCUGGGCCCGUGAGCCAUGGCCGCUGAGCCUGCGCAUCCGGAGCCUGUGCUCCGCAACGGGAGAGGCCACAGCAGUGAGAGGCCCGUGUACCGCAAAAAAAAUAAAAAUAAAAAAAAAAAGAAACGGGAGACUCCAGAAGUAACAAAAUAGAAAAUCACAACAGAGCAUGUGAAGUUGCUUCUCUUCCCCUUAGGCCUCAGCAGCUGCAGAAUCCUGACCCAGAUGUGGAGAAACGUGAAUGAGAAGGUGACAUUACUCUUUAUCUUCUGGCUACAGUGUAGGGGAAAUGACCAUUGGGAAGAAAUAGGUGAAACAGGAAAAAGGACUCCUUUUAGAAAGAAGUGACGACCUGGUCUUACAGAAAUGAAAAAAGACAAAAGAAAAGAAAGAAAAUACAUGUUAAAAAAUCCCCUCAUUGGGGGUGGUGGUGGAAUGAAUUGGGAGAUUGGGAUUGACAUAUAUAAACUAUUGAUACUAUGUGUAACAUAGAUAACUAAUGAGAACCUACUGUAUAGCUCAGGGAACUCAGUGCUCUGUGGUGACCUAAAUGGGAAGGAAAUCCAAAAAAAGAGGGAAUUCACUUUGUUGUACAGCAGAAACUAACACAAUAUUGUAAAGCAACUAUACUCCAAUAAAAAUUAACUUAAAAACAAAAAAUAAGAAA